UAUUUCUUCCUGGUUCGAUAGUAGCACUCACCUUUAAUUGAAUGCCUACUGAGGAAUUGAAGCAGCCUUUCGCCAGCGGGAUCAAAAUAAGAAAAGAGGAGAGGGACCCCAAAAAAGGGAGGAGAACGGGAGAAGAGGGACAGUAUUUGGAGGGUGUUUCGCUUCCUCCGUGCUUCACGGGUCCCCUGUGUGUGACCCCAGGCGCCCAGCAGCCCGACGGCAUGGCCCUGCUCACGCUGCACCGCACUCCGUCAGUCUGCACGCCGGAUGAAGCAAUCCCAAGGAGAGGACAACUCCAGAAGAGAGAAAGCUUUGCCCUGGUGAAGGGGGCAGUGCUGUUGCUGGAAGAGAGUGAAGGAGGAGAGAUUGGGACUUCGCCCCCUCUGCUGAAGCACCGCCCACAAGGGGGAGGGAAAUCGGAGACUCAGCACAGACACCUCCAGGCCAUGGUGUCGCUGCUGCGACCGGAGGACACCCUCAAGCUGGCGGUGAGGUUGGAGUCUGUCAGUCCCGUCAGAGUGAGAUACUUGUUAGUUAUUUCGACCGACUGUAGUAAAAAUGAGAGCAUCUUACUCGGAGUGGAUUUCCCCAACAUGGAGAGUGAUUGUUGCACGAUUGGCCUGGUUCUCCCCAUUUGGAGUGACACGCAGGUCUACCUUGACGGAGACGGUGGGUUUAGUGUCACCUCAGCGAAGAUGACAAGGAUCUUCAAACCUGUAUCCAUUCAGACCAUGUGGUCAGUCCUGCAGGCCCUGCAUGGCUGUUGUGAGAGGGCAGUGAAAGGUGCCAUCAUCCCAGGCUCUGGACUGACCUGGACCCAGAACUACGUUUCCCAGGUGGAGUCAGACCGCCUCUGCCGCAACGAGUGGGGAGCAAUGAUGGGCCUGGAGUCGGUCAGGAGGGACAACAUGGGGCAAAGUUCUUCAGAGAGAGUGUCGGUGGAGAGGAGGAUCAAAGCCCAGCUAAGGGAGAUCAUGAGGACCGAAGAUCUUGAGAACAUCACAUCCAAACAGGUCCGGAUGGCUCUCGAGAAGAACUUAAACAUGGACAUGAAAGACUAUAAGGAAUUCAUCGACAACGAGAUGAUGGUUACCAUGGCACAGAUGGACAAACCCUCUAAGAUAUUCGACUACCUUUUCCUGGGCUCAGAGUGGAAUGCGGCCAAUUUUGAAGAACUGCAAAAAAACAAUGUUGGCUACAUCUUGAAUGUGACCAUGGAGAUAGACAACUUUUUCCCAGAAUCCUUCACCUACAUGAAUAUCCGGGUGUAUGACGUGGAGUCAACGGAUCUCCUCUCUCACUGGAAUAACACUUACACGUUUAUCAACAAAGCUAGGCAGAGCGGCCAGGCCGUCCUGGUCCACUGUAAGAUGGGCGUGAGCCGGUCAGCCUCCACGGUGAUGGCUUUCGCCAUGAAGCAGUACCAGUGGCCACUGGACAUGGCUCUGGGCCACGUACGGGAGAGGCGGUCCAUCGUCAAACCCAACGAGGGAUUCAUGAAGCAGCUGCACACCUACAACGGCAUCCUGAGUGCCAGUCAGCAGCGUCACAACCUCCUGUGGAAGCGGAAGUCAAGGCACAGCCACGAAGAAGGCAGUAAUGAAGAGCAGGAGGAUGAAGAUGACAGGUCUCUAGAGGAUGAAGAGAUUGAUGAAGACGAGGCAGAGGUGUUCAUUGAAGGUUCUGCGGAUCCAUUAGCAGACAGCUCUCUGCCCCCUUCCCCACCUGACACCCCCUGUCCAUCCCAGGAGUCUGAAAGAUCCACCCAUCACACCACUGUCCCAGAUGGUGACAAGGUUUCCCAGAGUCCGAGUCGCAGUGGAAGGAUGAAUCUCUUUUCCCUCAUGCAAUCAAUCUGUGAACUGGAUGAGGACGAGGAGAGGGGCAACGACAAGGAGAUGGCUGCCAGUCACUGGAGGUCACCUGAGCAGAGGAGGCGGAGCCUGGGGAGAAGGAGCCUUAUUCAUCAGAAAGCUCACGUGGAUGUGUCUCCAGAGCCACGCAGCCUGCGUGGUGAUAGGACCUUGGAGGCGGAAGGGGCGGGGUCAGCUGUACCCAAGACUGAAACAAAGGAAGAGGAGAGUGGAACUGAGGGAGGAUGUGGAGAGUAAAAUAUGAAAUGAGAGCUCAGGAAAAAGCAGAGUGUGUGUGUGAGAGAGUGAGAGAGAAAGAGAGAGAGAGAGAGAGAAUAUUUUGCCAACAAGUAUAUGUAUAUAAAUGACUGCGAGUUUUUGAAGCCAUCCAACUUUUCACUGCUUCCGGUCACAGAAUGAACCCGGAAGUUCAUUAAUGUAGUAUUUUACAAAACUAUAGCUAAAUGACAAACUAUGACCAAGUAUCAAUAUUGGAAAACUUAAACAAGGAAGGUUUAUCUAUAAAACCUUGUUUUGUUUUUAAUGCCACUUUUUAUAUAAGUAUAUAUAAAAAUCACGGUGCAUCCCAUAAUUGUCAGUACUAAUUUUGAGCAGACACUUAGGUGUGUGUGUGUGUGUGUGUGUGUGUGUGUGUUCAAACACCCCUCUCAGUCAUGUGACUGUCAAGAAAUCAUCCAUUAUGGGUAUUUUCCUCAUCCAAAUAGGACCAGUCAGUAGCAUUCGUUUGCAGGGAUUAAAUAUGGCGAGGUAAUAUUUUAGUAUUUUAAAACAAGUAGUUUGGACAAGAUCUAUUUUUGCACAAGCAUUUGCACACACUUUCUUGGUAGUCUCUCUCUAGGUGUUCUAUGCAAUCCAUUGUUUUAAGCUGUCUUUUAGUUCUGCAAAUGUGAAACUAUGCAGGUGCUGGAGCGUUUUCAGGGCCAGACAUUAUUAGUUCACUUUACUGUAUUGCGAAGCCCUCCAAGUGGGUGGAUCAUUCUGUUCUGCACUUGCUGUGUCACUAGUGCGAUGUCUGCCAGCAUGCUGAUGUCUGAAUGGAAAUGCACUGUUUGGCUAUAUUUUGAACUUAUUAUUCACCACACUAAGAACAUAUUUUAUUGUAACGCUACAAAUUUGUAUAUCCAUGAAAAAAUUGGAUUAAGUCACGGAUAUGUAUUUUAUAUUUUUAUACCUAGGAUCUAGCAAUGCCUUGAACAAAAACAGUGAUCAUCAUAUGGCCCUAGAUGUAUAUUAUUAUUAGUGUUAGAAAGGGGUUGUGAGGUGACGGCUUAUCAUUUUCAGUAUUUGUCACUGUGCCUUCCUGAGAGUUCAGUACCUUGUAAUGUAUUUGUUUAAUGUCUGUCUGUUAUGAACUGUAUGUAUGAAUGAAUGGGGUUUCAUUGUAUAUCUGUGAACAUUACAGAAUUGACUCCAGUGUGGAUAUGGGCCUGUCGUGAUCUGCCGGAUGAACUUAAGAAAAAAAUCAAGUCAAAUCAAAAUUGAACAAACCAAAGAUGAUCAAUCAAUUCUGAACUGCAUUGGCUCAGACAACUCGAUGACCCGUUUGUUUUCCAUUUUGUGAUACUGAAUGACUCUUCAAAUUCUCGGCUCUCAUUGAAUAAUAUGUGCAGUAAAUCACAAAUGUUUACAGUGAUUUAUGUACUUCCUACCAGUCAAACAAAAAUGCUGAUGUACAGAUCAACAACUUCAUGCCUCAGGAUUAUGGAUGUUUUUGCUCCGAUCGGAUUUGCCUAACUUGAUGGUUCACGUUCUUAAUACUUACAAGUGACCUGUAUCUAAUUGUAAUGUGAAUCGAUACAUCUUUGUAAAUCUGCGUCACCAACAAAAAAAAAUGCUCAGCACAUGCAUAUAUACAAAAAAAAAAAAACAUUUUGAUCUGA